AUGUUCUCGGCCCGUUAUGCGCUGACUCUUCUCCUUCUACACGUCGCAGCCAUUGCCCAAGCUGCUCCAAGGAGAACCUUACCACGCCCGGAAAAUCCCUUCCUCGACCCUAAGCAUGACCCUUAUAAUCCUCUAAGAUAUAUCGCGUCUAAUGUCUUGACUGCAAUUGCUCUCGGUGCGUCCCUACUCCUACGCCCACAUCCAUCGCCAUUUCCGUUGGUCCUGAUUGUUGCGCUCUCUCAAACGUUCAUGGUGCGCAAAUGGGGUGCCAAAUUCAUGCUCUCAAUGGUUAUCGGCUGCUACACAUUCGCGUUGGGUAUCGCAACACGAUUCGGUCUGCACAAAAACCCGGAAUCGAGAGGCCUAUACAUAGUUGAAUAUCUAUUCGUCGUUCUUUCGCCUUGUGCGUUCAUUGCGGCGGAAUAUGUGCUGUUGGGCCGUCUGGCAGCUUAUCUGCGCUGCGACUCUCACCUUCUUGUCUCCCCACGCCGAAUCACGCUUGUAUUCAUCUUGAGCGACAUCAUUACUUUCCUCAUUCAGGCUGCAGGCGGUUCCGUGUCCAUCUCGACGAACACGUUAUCUACUGCGGAGACUGGGGCACACAUAUUCCUCGCCGGACUCGUGCUCCAACUCGUCUCCUUCCUCGUCUUUACCGUCAUCUUUAUCGUCUUCAUCUAUCGCGUGCGCUCGUUGGAGCCGGCAACCUGGGCUGUGGACAGCGAAAAGCGCUGGUAUCAAGACUGGCGGGCAUUAGCUAGCGCGAUGACGUUGAGUUUUAUCGGAAUUCUGACUCGUUCUGCAUAUCGUGUUGCAGAGCUGUCCCAAGGAUACGCUGGGCCACUUGCCACGAAUGAAGGACUAUUCUAUGGCUUAGACACGCUUCCCUUAUUCAUUGCGAUCUCGGUCUACGUCUUUGCCUGGCCGGGGCGGUACAUUGGAAACGGAACACCCUCUGCCCAUAUCCUUGCUCUAAAGGCAGAUUCGCCUAGUACCGUAGAACCCAAGGAAUGA